CACCUGUCUCAUUUCCAGGAACUUGUGGCUGCCUAUGCAGCUGAGGCCGCAGCCACCGGUAACAACCAGCUCAUGCUGACCGCUGCUGUGUCUGCAGGGAAAGGAACCAUUGAUGCUGGAUAUGAGAUCGCUGAGGUUGCCAAGUAUCUGGACUUCAUCAACAUCAUGACCUAUGACUUCCAUGGAACCUGGGAGCAAUUCACUGGCCACAACAGCCCCCUCUUCCGUGGUGCCCAGGACAAGGGUGACCUCAUCUACUUCAAUACUGACUACGCCAUGAAGUACUGGAGGGACCAAGGUACCCCAGUGGAGAAGCUGCAUAUGGGUUUUGCUUCGUACGGUCGCACCUUCCGCCUGACAUCGUCUAACACCGGUAUCGGAGCCCCUGCCAACGGCGCUGCUGCAGCCGGACCCUACACCCGUGAGGCUGGAUUCUGGGCCUACUACGAGAUCUGCACCUUCCUGAAGGGCGCCAAAUUGGAAUGGAUGGAAGACCAGAAAGUCCCCUAUGCUCACAAGAACAAUGAGUGGGUGGGAUUUGAUUCCAGGGAGAGCUAUGAGACGAAGGUCCGCUACAUGCAAGAGCAGAAGUUUGGCGGGGCCUUUGUGUGGGCCCUGGAUCUGGACGACUUUAAUGGACAGUUCUGUGGAGAGGGAAUCCACCCUCUGCUAUCACAUCUCCGCACUCUCCUCAAUAUUGAGUUGCCUCCUCUGCCCCCUACCACAACCUCUGACCCCAGCCAAACCACCACCCACGGCCCAACUACCCCACCCACCACCACCACCCACGCACCAGGCACAGGCUUCUGUAAUGGAAGACCUGAUGGCCUGUAUCCCAACGAAGAGGACAGAAACCAGUUCUAUGUGUGUGCAGGGGGAGUCACCCACUUCAGGCGCUGUGGGUCUGGCACCGUCUUCAAUGAUGACUGCAAGUGCUGCGUCUGGCCCUGAUUUAUAGACCACAUUAUUGGAUUGACAAUUUUGGAACAAUUAUUGGAACAACAAAGAAAUAAAAGCAAUAUUUUCAUGCA